UCUACAUCAAACUGUCAUUUUAUACCAAAUCAUUCCAAAUUAUAAUGGAAACUUUGCAGCACUAAGAAGUUUGAGACUAUAAAAAACCUAUGAUUCCCACCUUUGUUAUCACUCUGUAUUUGGGCUAAUUCAUUUGCCACUUCUUAGACUGCCUUCAUAUCAUUGAAUUCAAUACACAAGACAAUGAAUAGCAAUUCGAUGACAACUGAACUUUUGAUCAUUGGGGUAAUCCUAAUUUUUUUUGGCGUUGCCACAGCUGGCCUGGGAAGUGGUGGUGAAGGAGAACCAGCGCUCCCUCCAGCAGUGAGUGAGUUGAUUUUUGCUGAUCAAAGACUAGCCGUGGUGUAUCCUGUCAUUCAGAAAUUCAAAAACAUAAUCACCUCAGAUCCUCUUAAUAUCACUGCAUCUUGGAGUGGCACAGAUAUAUGCAACUACAGAGGAUUUUAUUGUGAAAGUCCUCCAGACAACAGAUCUGCUACUGCUCUGGCCUCCAUUGAUUUCAAUGGAUUCCAACUAAGCGCCCCAACUCUCGAAGGAUUUCUCGAUCAACUACCUGAUAUAGCCCUCUUCCACGCCAACUCCAACAAAUUUUCGGGGAUCAUCUCUCCAAACAUUGCAAAACUCCCCUAUUUAUACGAGCUUGACAUAAGUAACAACCUGUUUUCAGGGCCUUUCCCAACUGCCAUUUUAGGCAUGGAUGGCCUAUCUUUCUUGGACAUACGUUUCAAUCUUUUCACCGGUUCAGUACCCUCGCAGUUGUUCACCAAGGACCUGGAUGCACUUUUCAUUAACAACAACAAUUUCAUGACCAGGCUCCCUGACAUCAUAGGCAGCAACCAUAUUCUUUAUCUUACCUUAGCCAACAACAAAUUUUUCGGGCCAAUCCCACAUAGUAUUUCCAAGGUAUUUUCCACCCUAACAGAAAUUUUACUGCUCAACAACUUUUUAAGUGGCUGUUUGCCAUAUGAAUUGGGGUUCUUGAAAAAAGCUGUGGUGUUCGAUGCUGGGAACAAUAAAUUGACAGGUCCAUUACCUUUCUCCUUGGGCUGCCUUGAGAAGCUCGAGGUUCUUAAUUUUGCUGGUAAUCUGUUAUAUGGGACAGUACCAGAGGUUCUAUGCGCUGUAGAAACUUUGACAAAUUUAUCGCUGUCUGAUAACUAUUUUACGCAUGUUGGGCCAAUUUGCAUGAGCCUGAUCAAGAAUAGAGUACUUGACGUGAAGAAAAAUUGCAUUCCGGGGUUGCCAUUUCAAAGAUCAUUGGUGGAAUGCGUUUUAUUUUUCUUGCACCCAAGAUAUUGUCCCUAUAUUGGGACAUAUCAUUAUAUUCCUUGUUGGCAUCCUCAUUUCAGCUCUUCUCCAUUAGCUCUAGCUGAUAAGGCCCCUUCACCUUCUUAAUUUCUUAUUAAUCUUGUGAUCAUGAUCCUCAGCUUAUAUGUUAUGUAAGGGUCAUAAAUAUUUUCCGACUAUCACGGUGCAGUUUAAUAGUGCAACACAACAGAAAUAAUUUUAAUAAUGCUCAA